GGCCAUUCAGUUUUAAAGAGACGCGCAACGACAGCAGUUCAGGAAAAAUUUGUGCCGAAGUGAUACUCCUCUGGUCUAUAACGGUGCUCAGCUUCAUCCACAGUCACAAUCACCGUUUCAGAGGUGGUGGAACAUUUUGUGUGUGUAUAACGAGUUCCUCGGUGGCAGUGUCUGGGUUUAUCACAUCUCUAUAGAACGUAUUGCGUCACUACACACUUAGUUGAGCAUUUUUGAGGACGCUUUGUUUGCACAGAGCAAUCAACAAACGUACAAUGAGUCACAAUUAUAAAGGGCUCCUGCUGGCCAUGAUCUUAACAUGGUCAACCUUACUGCCAAUUUUAGUGAAUGGCACCACAGAGCUACAGGAGACGCCACUGGCUCUGCCCGUGGCCGAGUUCACCAAGCCGACAGCGGCGACACAAGGUGAGAUCUGGGAGGAGGACGAUCACGAGGUGUUAAUACGCAAUGAGCGCGGCACCAAGAGCGAUGGACUCUCUUGUCGCUAUGGCAAAAAUCCCUGGACCGAAUGUGAUACCAAGACCAAUACGCGUUCACGAACUCUGACAUUGAAAAAGGGUGAUCCGGCUUGCGAUCAAACUCGCACCAUUCAAAAGAAGUGCAAAAAAGCGUGUCGAUAUGAGAAAGGUUCCUGGUCGGAGUGUGUCACAGGCCAAAUGACCAGAGCUGAUAAAUUGAAGGCCACGAGCGAUCCAUCAUGCGAGUCAACACGUAUAAUCAAGAAGAACUGCAAGCCCGGCAAGUCCAAGGAUAAGAGUGCCAAGGAGCAGCGCAAGAAUAAGGACAAAGCUGCUCGAAAAGGACGCGUUUAAAUAAACUCUGGUAGCGUAUUUUACGGAUUUUUUAAAGUCAAAUAUAAGAUUAUUUCCCAGAAACUCUCGUUUAUCAAA